UCCAAGUGGAUCACACAUACACAGCACUCAGAGUGGAAAGGCAGAAGGGGAGAACUACACCUGUCCCACACACACUCACUAUCCUCACAGGCAGACUUCAAGAAAGGAUCCCGGUGGUUGUCCCUAUGUGUGGAUGGGACCAAAGUUACACGGCGACCUCUCAUAGCUCGGCCAUGUUGACCAGUGAGGGGGCACGCACUAUGGAGCAGGAUGACACAAACCACAAGAUGGCCUCCACAGCUACCAGCAUGGGUCCGGACGGAGCAGAGACGAUGACCGACACUGACGUGGACAUGGAGAUGGAGAUAGAGGAGGCCGACAUGACACAGUGGACAGAGGCAGAGUUUGAGGAGAAGUGCACAUACAUUGUCAAAGACACAGCAUGUGAGGCGGGGCCAGACGGUGAUGUAGCAAUGACGAUGACAAGAGCUGAGGCAUCGCUGCCCAGAAACCUGGUCUCCAAACAACGUGCAGACACCAAGGAGGUGGUCGGAGUGUGCAGCAGGGAGUAUAUCCCCAAAGGAACCCGCUUCGGUCCCCUGGUGGGCGAGAUCUACACAGCCGACAGUGUCCCCAAAGACGCCAACCGGAAGUACUUCUGGAGGAUCUUCGUGGAUGGUGAGUUUCACCACUUUGUGGACGGUCUGGAUGAGGCCCGCUCCAACUGGAUGCGGUACGUGAACCCGGCCAAAUUGGCAGCAGAGCAGAACCUGGCGGCAUGCCAGAAUGGCAUGGAGAUUUAUUUCUACACUGUGAAGCCCAUCCCAGCCGGCGCUGAGCUGCUCGUCUGGUACUGUCAUGACUUCGCCCGCCGCCUGAGAUACCCACCAUCAGGGGAAGUGAUGAUGCAAAAACUCAAGCAGUCAUUUAUGGAAGUUAAACAGCAGCAGGUGGACAGAGAGGAAAGCCCAGUUGAAGCAUCCAGUCCGUUUCCUGUCUCAAUUACUCCCAGUCCGCCCAAGAGGGAGCAUAGCGUCCUGUCCAUUCUCCGUGGCACUAACAGCACCUCAUCAUCCUUGGCCCCCAAGAGGGAGCCCAGCCGCCCUCUUCCCACCCGCCCACGUUGUGCUGAUAGCCCGGAGCGGCUUCUGUACCCCCGUGCCAUCUACCCGGCUCUCAGGCCCCAUUUUCCCCUCUCUGAAGACAUUCUCAAACCCAACCAGCUUGGUUACCCUUUAACUCAUUCUCCUGGCAAACAGUCAUCAGUCACACCAAGCCCACCUGCAAGAAGCAGCCCAGGCACCAGCCCUCAUAGUAGCCCUUCUGGUCCAGCAUUAUCACCGGUUUCUUUUUACCCUUACCCUGGUUACUCCCCUCCAUCUGCCCCACUGUCUUCAACAUUCUACACUCCUGGGCCACAGUACUCGCGUUACCUCCUACCCCAUCAUUAUCCUCUACCUGGUGGUGGUGUCCCAACCGUGGGAGGGAUAUUUCCUAGAAUCUAUCCAGUCUACGGCAGCCUAUUGCCCCAUCAUUUGCCCCUCCUGCCUUCUGACACUGCAGGGAGGCGUCUUGUAAUACCUGAACCUGUGCACCCCUCCUCAAUCUCUGCUCACAGAGACUAUUUCCUGCCCGGGCCAAGAAGUGCCUUCUCAACUGCUACUUCUUUGAGAGACAAAGCAGCAGCUCACAGCUCUUAUCCUGGGCACCCUAACCCACAUGGAUCAGCUCACACUCCCUCCAGCAGCUCCCCAACUGCCGGCACAGCACCUCCCAGUGAGCAGUUGCCAACCAAGCCUACCUCAGCCCAUCUGGGAAACACUAGUGAACAUCACCCAGAUGAAGAGGCUAUUAAUCUGACCAAAGUGAAGCGUGGCGCAGGGUCAGCGGGCUACAAGGCAUUGCCUUACCCUCUGAAAAAGCAAAAUGGAAAAAUUAAGUACGAGUGCAACGUGUGCAGUAAGACCUUCGGGCAGCUGUCAAACCUAAAGGUUCAUCUUCGAGUGCACAGUGGAGAAAGACCGUUCAAAUGUCAAACCUGUAACAAAGGCUUCACUCAACUUGCUCAUCUGCAAAAACACUACCUGGUUCACACUGGGGAGAAACCACAUGAAUGUCAGGUUUGCCACAAGCGAUUCAGCAGCACCAGCAACCUGAAAACUCACCUGCGCCUUCACUCAGGGGAGAAGCCCUAUCACUGCAAGCUCUGUCCAGCUAAAUUCACCCAGUUUGUCCACCUCAAGCUGCACAAGCGCUUACACUCCCGUGAACGUCCACAUAAGUGCCCCCACUGCCACCACCACUACAUCCACCUGGUUAGCCUGCGACUACACCUGAAGGGUUACUGCCUGGCUGCAAGCUCCGGUUCUGGCAGUCCGAAUGUUUCGAGUCAAGCUGCCUUGGAGGAGGUGCAUCGCGCCAAUGAAGAGAUCGAGCGCUUCGACGUCAGUGAGCACGCUGAGCGACUGGAGCAGCUGCAGGGAGGAGUGGAGAUAGAUGCCAUGUUGGAGAAACAGGUCUUGGGGAUGCUGUGGAGAGAGACCGACCUCAAGUCCCCCAACUUUCUUCCCAGUUACAAUGGCACUGCUACAGAGCUUCUGUCUGCAGGUUACGGUGCAUUCGAGUCCUCGAACGAGACGUCGGUUAUCAAGAUGCGCCGCAGCACCCCCAUCCCACCACUUGCUGCUAGCAUUACUGUCAAGCAGGAGUCAGAGGAUCGUACAUAAUAGAGCUUUAUUAUGUGCAAGACACAUGAAAAAAGAUUUUGGACUGCAUGGUGGACUUGUUGCCAGGAGCAACAGCUGUAAAUAAAUAAUUAUCUAUUGUCAUCCCUAUGAACACGCCAUGCUUUGUACCUAUCAGGGACUCACACUCAGGGCUGCAAGAGACAAUGUCCCAUGACUACUUAGUGGUUUCCGUGUUUAUUACUCCUAGAUAAUCACCUAAAAAGGAUUUUUUCUUUAAUGUUAUUAAUAUAAUUCUAUUAUCAUUGUCAUUUUGAUUGAUUUUGUCUUUUUUCCAACAUUUUUGUUUUUGAUAAAUAGGCUGUUGUAUAAUCUAACUUAUUAUACAUUUAAUUUUGUGUCUGCAAAAGCAAUAAGUGAAUGGAUUGCUGACUUACGGGGUGAAAACAAUUAUUUUUGUUAAUUUUAAUUUUUUAUUCCCUGUGGCAUUUUCUCUGUAAAUAGUUACUCUUUUAUUGCCCAUAUUAGUCUCUUCUGAUCAAUAAAAGCAGGGAUGUCCAUUCUACAGGACCUAUCUAUUUAAAUCCUAGUAGUGAAGUAGCAGGUGGAAAAUGCAGGAAAAGUACGGCACAUAAAUUAGUUCAUUUCCAAAGAAGAGUUCAGCCUUUCUGGAUCUCUCCCCUUAAGUGUCUUUGUCCCUUUCUGAUAUGUCCUUAAUUUAAAUGAAACAUAAAAGGGCAUUUUUUUGUAUAUUUUUCACAACAGUUACCUCAGUGUGGAUGUGAUGAUAUGUGUGUUUGUGUGUUCAAAGGGACAGCUGAAGGUAGGAUUUUUUUAAUAUUUAUUAGAUUUUCUUUUCUACUUGAAGAAGAAUAAACCAAACUGAACUGGAGAGCAGCUCUUUAUGCGGUCCAAAGGAGCGGCAUAGCCCGCUAAAUGUAGCACAUAAUGGACUCAGGAGGCUGAUUAGCCAUCAUUUCCCCUGUUCUUCCCUUUUGUUUUCUAUCCUUGCUUUUAUUAAAUACUGUUAGUAACCAACAGGGAUUUCAAUAUGUUGGGAAUCUACACUAGAUUUAAAAAAAACAAAGUUCAUUUGGCUUUAAUUUCCAAAACAAUCUAAACAGAGGAAGGACUAAAAUAACGAAAACAGGAAGAUAUAUGUUGUGUAGAGGAUGAAGUGUUUGCUCCUGUUUUGUACAUAUUGUUUUAUGUUGUUCUUGCUGUUUUUAUUUGUUGUUUUAUUUUUGAGAAACAGCCCCAUCCAUCUACUGCCUUGUUAAGAACACCUAAGCACCUCGGCCCUCUUUAAUGCACUGGCCCCCUCCUCUCACUUUAUCCCUUCAGUGCCGAUGCUUGUAUCAUACACUGUGUACAGUAUCUGUAAAACUGGUCUAAACCUUAUUGUUACUACAGCAGCUGUGAUUUUCUGUAGCAGGUGCACUUCAACAACCUGAACUCUGAAGUUGUUGUUACUUUCUCUGUUUCAUUAUGAUUCAAAUGUUCGACCAAAGCUUUUCUCUUUCUCCAGUCAGAGCUUCCACUCCAGAGGAGAACCUCCUAAAAUACCUGUCUCUGUUUACAUACUGGUUUACAAAGUUAUUUAUGUGCAAAAUGUCAAAAAGUGUAAAUUAUGAUAUAAAUGCUCACUGCUCUAAUCUAAA